GAAACCGCUGCAAUCAAUAUUGUUUCGAGGCGGAUAGGGGUGGCCCAACCACUUCAAGCUCUAGAUGAAUCAUCUCUGCUAAGAGUGUCGUAUCGCACAUAGGCUAAUUCUGCACCGCUAGUAGUCACCGUUUUCCUUUCUUUGCUGGUUUGGUUCCGCGUUGUGUACGAUGGCGAUGGAAGUGUUCCAAACCGAAACACACUACAUCUUCCUGCGCAAGGAGCGUAGCCUCUGGUGGAAUCGAUAUUCAUCCGAAUUUCAGCUAAAAUGCGGAUGGGAUUUAUCGUCGGUGGACGAUAUCGAGUGUAUCGGUGUGACGCAUGGCAUCGUCGGUACGAUUGCACUGCAGGGUGUGCUAGAACCGCAUCUGAUCGUCAUCAAAGAGGUGGUACCAGUCGGCGUUCUGUAUGCACCGCAUCUUGUAUACAAGAUAAAGAGCAUUGCCGUGCUCGGUCCAGACGGGGCCGAUACGCUGUUGCUCGGUUGCAGCAAGCACAACACCAACCAGACGGUGAAAAUUGCACCGGCAGUACAGGGUGGUACGGGUGGUACGGUACUGCUGGAUGGGCAUCCCUCGCCGAAAAGCCGUCUGUUUGAAAGUUCUGCCCUGGUAAACAAGACCUGGGGUGCAGUGAAGAGUGCGGGCAGCACGAUCCGCAACACGACAGAGAAGGCGGCCGCCAUCGCGACCAGCCAGGUCAAAUCGACCGUCAGCCUGGUGGUGAAGGAUCCGGUACGCAUCGAGAAGCGCGUCAUCGACGAGCUGCACAAGAUAUUCGACGAUACCGACAGCUUCUACUAUAGUCCCAACUGUGAUAUUACCAAUAAUCUGCAACGCCGGGGCGCUCCACCGGACGAUCGGUUCUACUGGAACAAACCAAUGCUGGCGGAGUUGCUCAAGGUGACGGCGGGUGGCGAAAUGGACGCACCCGGUGCGGACUGGGUCCUGCCGAUCAUACAGGGAUUCGUACAGGUCGAACAGUGCGUUAUUGGGAACGAAUGCUUUACGUUGGCGCUGGUAUCGCGCCGAUCUCGCAAUCGGGCCGGUACACGCUACAAGCGCCGUGGCGUGGACGAACAAGGCAACUGUGCGAACUACGUCGAGACGGAGCAGGUGCUCUCGCUCCGACAGCAUCAGAUAUCGUUCACACAGGUGCGCGGUUCGGUACCGGUGUACUGGAGCCAGCCGGGUUAUAAGUAUAGGCCACCACCACGCCUCGACAGGGAUGAGCAGGAGACGCAACAAGCGUUUGAGAAGCAUUUCGACGGCGAGCUGGGUAUCUACCAGUCGAUUUGCAUCAUCAAUCUGGUGGAGCAAAGCGGCAAGGAGAAGAUAAUAGGUGAUGCUUACGCGAACCAUGUGCUAAAGUACAACUCGGAACGGUUGAUCUACGUGACGUUCGACUUUCACGAGUAUUGCCGAGGAAUGCGUUUCGAAAAUGUAUCUUCACUAAUUGAAUCGCUUGCACCAGAAGCGGGCGCGAUGGGAUUCCAUUGGCGCGACAACAACGGACCGAUCUGUAACCAGAAGGGCGUGUUUCGUGUCAACUGUAUGGACUGUCUGGACCGUACGAACGUGGUGCAGACGGCCAUCGGCAAGGCGGUCCUGGAAUCGCAGCUGGUCAAGCUCGGGCUGGCGAUGCCAUAUUCGCAGCUACCGGACGCCCUGAAGGCACCGUUCAUGGUGCUGUGGGCGAAUAACGGUGAUGUCAUCAGCCGACAGUACGCAGGAACGAAUGCGCUCAAGGGUGACUAUACGCGUACGGGCGAGCGAAAGAUUUCCGGCAUCAUGAAGGAUGGCAUGAACUCGGCCAAUCGCUACUACAUUCAACAUUUCGCCGACACGUUCCGGCAGAGUUGCAUUGAUUUGCUGCAGGGCCAAUUGAGCGAGUUCGACUGCAUCCCGGAGGAUGACGUUUGCGAUGCGAUCGUCGGCAUUGCCACUACGGCGUUGAAACCUUCCGGUCGGGCACCGUUGAUGUACUACAACUAUGGGCUGAUGUCGACCGAACAUAUGCUGCUAGAGCAGGUCGUCUACAGUGCCAGCUAUUAUCUAGCCAGGUUUAAGGACACGUACCGUCAGGCAACGAUCGAUAUGAUGCUCGGUAACAACGUGUCGCCCGAAUCGGUGUCUGCGCUCGGUGGCAGCCAGACAGCCGCUACCGACGAAACGGACGCCUUGGAAGGUGCCGAACAUGCCCGUCUACUGGUGGAGGACUGCCGACGGCUGUUGCUUGGCACGGCUCAGCUUCCGGUCGGUGCCUGGGGUCUGAUCGAUGCCGAUCCAAGCACUGGUGAUCCGAGUGAAACAGAGGUGGAUACCAUCCUUAUCCUGACCGACGACUGCUACAUCGUCGCAGAGUACGAUUCGCACCUGGACAAGAUCGUGCGGUUCGAGAACGUACCGCUGGAAAACAUCACGCUGCUCGAGCUCGGUCUGUUUCAGCACAACAAAAUGUUCCAAGGUCCGGCACCGGCACAUCUGUGCAUUCGGCUUAACUACGCGGUGGACGGUGUGGACGGUUACUUCCAUAUGUUCCGUUCGCCGAACAUACGCUUCUUCAACAACGUUGCGGUGGUGAUACGCAAGACGGAAGAAAUCACUGAAUCGCUAACCGCGAUCGUUGAUUUGUUUCGCAUCGCGCUCCAAAACUGUGGCCGUACGGAUGUGCUGUUCCAGUGCGGUGGAAGUUUGCAGCGCCGAAAGAGCCGUACGCUGCUGUCGGUACCGGCCGGAAUACCGCGCAACUUGUCCGAAUCGCAGCUGGUACAGAUGGGCUCGAAAGCGUUCAGCAAUAUGGCGGGCCAGUUUUCGAAGAUCGGCCAAUCGUUGAAUGCGAGCAAAAUUGGGCGCGGAUCGUCGGCCGGUGGUGGAAAAACGAAGGGCAAAAAGGAUGACCAAGCGGUUGACCAGGCCGGCGGCAAGAGUGGCCGUAGGGAAGGUUCGAGCGGUUCGGUCAGCUCGUUUGGUGGUGGCAGCGGACCGAGUGGGGCAGGCACGGCUGGGGGUUUGCGACCGGGAUCUGCGCACGCUGGAGGCAAGAUGGAACGUUCCAGCUCCGAGUCGGAGGAGGCGGAAUGCACCAGCAUCUACGAACCGGAAGAUCUGGUCGAACAGAACCCACUGUACAACGAGAACGUUUUUCUACCGUCGGUCGGUAUCGUGAUGGGUGGUACGAGCAACGAACCGGACGACGUCGGUUCGGCGAACAAUGUGCUGGAGGAGAAGGAUAGCAUCGCGAAGAUGUCGUCCGAUCUGUCCACGAUGUCUAUAUCGUCGGUGACGGAUCACAUCAACAUGCCGGUCGGUAUGCUCGAAUGUGCGUCACCGAUACGUGUCAGCAGCCCGACACCGGAAAUCUUCGUCGACGAUGGUGAGCCCAACGCUACCCGUCAGGGACGCAACAUGAGCCUUAAUCUGCAGGCCCCGACCAGCGGUGGCGAUAAUGCUCUCCGGCAGCUCAAGAAGCUUACCAGUCCGCUGUCAAACAUUGGCAAGGGUUUGCAGACACUCGGUGCCAACCUGGAUCCGAGAAAAAUUGCUGUAAAGAGUCCUGUCGCACCGGUAAGAAGCACCAGUGCCGCUUUUGCCGAGAUCAAACAGCUGGAGGAAAAAUGGGAAAAGGCCAGCUGUCGCACCAAGCUGAUUGCGCUGUGAACGGAAUGCUGUUUUAACGCCUAUCUAAGCGCGAUCUAAUGGGCGAACACUCUCCUCUUACUUUAGCUGCGUGUUAUAAUUUCGAUUGGGCUGAUCGCAUGAUAUAGUCGGUACGGCACUGGCUUAAUGAUCUCGUCUAGAUCGUGCCACCCAAAACGCAGUACGGAAUUCAGCUAUGAGUAAUUCUCAAGUUACCGCCAGCCAACAACCCUCUUCCCAACCGGGAAAACGGUUAUAGAGACGAACAAGAAGGCAGAUCAUUGGUCAAGCUUCAUGUAUCCUUCGGGUGGUGGGUAGAUUUUGCAACUUUUGUGUUGUGAAACACUUCCCCCCCUUCUAGAGCAAUCAUUAAGCGUCAAAGGAUAGUUUUCAUAUGCGUAAACUCAGCAAACGGGAAGUUUCGAGGAACGGCGCACAGCAUAACACUGUAUGAAGGCACAAAAGCUUUUAGCACCAAUAUAGGUCCAUAUUGGCAAAGUUAGAUCGUUUGAGACUGGAUCAACUCCACUUCCGCAUUGAGGCACUACGAACUGGGAGUCUUAGCAGUAUUUUCGAACCUCGUUACACAACUGUCCAGGAUGCACAAACUGCUUCCACUAGGGGCCAUGCUUGCCCGGUUUUUUUCCCUCAUGCCAAAGCUGUACUGACAGAACUAAAAUAGUUUAUUAGGAAAAGAAUGUAACUGUUUUGCUUUCAUUAUUAGCCCUAUGCGUUCCCUUCCUCAAAGGUAAAACAAAAACAUAACGCUCGUGCCUGGUAUUAGUAUCAGCACACAGCAAUUACAAGUAAAAAUGGCAACGAAAUUUAUUGUGUGCUCACCUGCCGGGUGUGCACAUUAUUAGGCGAGGCAAUUGAAAAUGCUUCAAUAUAUUAUAAUUAUCGGCAGUAUUGUUAUUUAUCAUUAGUCAAAGUGGUUCAAUCGUUCUACCGUACGGGAAAACAAACACAUACAUUAGAACAAUUCGCGAACAAACAAUGAAAAAAAAAAAGAUACAGAACAAACGUGCAUAAAUGAGCGGAUAUAUAGGAGCUUCGCGAGUGCGGUGAGGAUUCAUACGUUACGAGAAAUACCAAAGUCAAUUAUGUAUAGCAUGUACGGUUUGCGUAUGAUGAAACCGAAAACCGGCGUAUAACCACCAGGUUGCCUGACCGGCGAAAUGGACAACAUCAAAUAACCUAUUUAGCCUCUCCCCCUCCCCUGAUAGUUGCUUUAACAGUCCGUCGGCGACGUACGACGUACGAUGAGAAGGAGUUGUAGCAUUCCAGCCAGUUAGUGCUAGUGUAGGCGUACGUAGUAGUGUGGUAGUGGACGUUACACGAUAGCUUAUAGCGUUCCGGAGUUUGGACUAGUGUAAGUAGCAGGCACACUAAUGCGUUACCCGGUAGCAUUAGCCGCGAGUAGCGUUACGCGUUCAUAUUCAUUCCCUUUCCGUUGCGCGUUUUGCUGCAAAUCCGAGUGUGAGCUUACGCUUACACUCUCUUUUUUGGUCGCGGGUUUUUGUUCGCAGUUUGUUAGUUUUUGGGUGCGUUCUACACCAAUGCUUUGCGUUUACGCAACAAUGUUACGUUUCGAAGCGAUCAAAAACCGUUCAACAGUUACCGUAUGAAUCGUCAUGUAUUAAUCGUGUAUUUACCGUAUAUCGCUAAUUGUGUUGUAUUAUUGUGCAGUGGCGAGAAGCAAAUUACGUAGACAAUACUAUUCCAUCUGUGUUUUUGUUUUCUGUUUGGUGCUUGCGGGAAGAGUAAAAAAGGGCAUGCAGCCGUUAGGUAUUAUCUACUUAAUUCACACCUAUAUUGCCAUCGCUUGCCGCAGGUUUACAGUAGACGUGCCGGUGUGUUGCUUUCAGUUCGAUUGCGAAUGAAAAAUAAACGGUUUUUUGCUUACAAU